AUGCUCGCACACAACUUGGUCACAAUCUCCUCAUCAAUAGUGGAUGCUUUAAAGAAGCACGAGCUUUUUCCAGAGGUCCUUGAUGAGUUCACUCCCCAAGGACUACUAACCAUUAGCUACGGCAAGGACUUGGACGUACUCCUUGGGAACCAAUUGAAAGUGAAAGAUACCCAAACCUUGCCAAAGAUCCAGCUUACCUUGGACAUUGGCGAUGAUGAGCUUGUAUCUACAUUUUCUGCCUUAGACUACUUCACUUUGGUGGUCACCGACCCUGACGCCCCAUCCAGAACCGAUAAGAAAUGGUCAGAAUACUGCCAUUACAUCAAAACCAACAUCAAGUUGACCCAAUCCGAUGGCGCUAAAAACUCUGACUUCUUGAGCGCUCAGUUGGAUCUCAAUGAAGGCCCGGACUAUUUGAAAUACGAGGGCCCGGGUCCUCCUCCAAAGACCGGAAAGCACCGCUAUUGUUUCUUCCUCUUCAAACAAAAGGCAGAAAUCAACCCACCUCCAUUAACUGGAAGACCUAACUGGGGGCUUGGGAAACCGGCUACCGGGGUUCGUGAAUGGAGCACCAAAUAUGGGCUUGAGCCGAUUGCCGCCAACUUUUUUUAUGCCCAAAACGAGACUCAAUGA